CUGGAUGGGGGAAGAGAGGGCACAUCAGGGGUUUUCCGCUGAUGUGUGCAUCGGUGAACGGAGAGGAAGCGUAUAUAUAUCGAGAGAGGCGGUGGCAGCGCAGAGGGACGAGGUUCUUGAUACCUGGCUGUCACACACCAAACCGCAAACCCAACACAACAGGUCUUCGCACAAUCCGCCAUGGAAGCCGCCAUCUGCACCCUUGUCUCCCAGUUCAAGACGUACGCCGGGAAAGAUGGAUCCGCCAGCACCCUGAGCAAAGACGAAUUCCACAAGCUGCUGACCUCUCAGCUACCCAACUAUGCCAAGAACUUCAGCAGCACCGGGGCGAUCGACGCGCUCAUGGGCUCGCUGGAUGAGAACAACGACGGGGAGCUGACUUUCUCCGAGUUCUGGCAGCUGAUUGGAAAACUUGCGAGCCAACAGGGCGGCUUCAGUCAGUAGAGCCUCGGGGUUGUGCAACACACCAAUCAACUCAAUUUUGAGCCCGUCCAACCAUCGGGAUUCUUCUGUCACCCCAACCAUUGCCUCGUGUGCAACUCUCCAGUUAACCUUGUUUGUUGAAUGUGGGGAAGUUUGAAUUAAAGGCUGCGUUGUCUUGAACCCUGGGCCACCAUGCA